GUCAUCUAUGUAAAAAUCUAAAUUCGAAAUUUUUCCGUUUGUGUCCAGGUUGUCUGUUAGAAUAUGCUUCGUCGUUGUAUAAUCUGUGGCCAGGAGCCGGGGGACCAAUGCGUUUACCCGCGUAACAUGGCGGAGGCUCGCCGGUGGCAGAACCUGGCCAACCUUGGCAGCUUUGACGUGGAUACCGAAUCGUUGUGCCGGCACGGCUGUGUGUGCGCCUCCCAUUUAGACGUCCAAGAAUCAAGCUCGGCCUUGGAGAGCUCUUCUGAUGGUGCUGGAGAAGCAAGGACUUCAGCCGGUUUGCAAGAAUCUAGCGUCAAGUGGAGCUCUUCAGGAUCGAAAUCUGGAUCUGGCCCUAGCUACCCCACAGAUAGCAAGGUCAUUAGGGAUAGACAAAACCAAAGCAAACAGAGUUUCAGUUCGGGGUGGCAGGAAAUUAAAAGCGAAAAAACGUGUAAAAAUGGCUCCUGCCGUUUUAGAAAUGCCUGCAACAAUAUGUUCCAGGGUAAUCAACACAGAAUUCAGAAUCAGGCUAAUUCACAACAGCCAGAUUCCACCUCAUCUAGAGGCAGAAAUCUUCCUCUCAAAUUAAACCCAAUGUUAAUUCAAUUGCCUCAUGGAACCACAAUUUGCUCCCGUGCAUACUGUCCGGGGCUGAGAAGCACCGACACCACUCGGGUUGGUUGCUUGUGUCAAAGCUGUCCACUUAAGAAGAACAACUCUCCGGAAGAUAGAUCUUGUAUAAAAUGCCCAGGGUUGCGUUACUCCGGGAGCCAAGAAAGUAUACAGAAAGCCCAAAAGAAGGAGAUGUCGAAGGAUAGACCUCAAAUACCUAUAUCCAGUGAACGUCCUUCUGGUCCUAGUGCGAAAAAACAUAGAUUGGAGGAAUCUAAAACCAAAGGAGACGAUUUCCAUAGCUCUAACAAUAAUUUUAACCGCCCGCCAUCACCAACAUGGCGAAGUAAUGACAUAAUUAUGAAGCUAAAUAACUGGAAAAAGAAGCCGGAGCUGAAAAGCCAAUGCUGCCAGGCUUGUAUCAAUUGUCAAUUAAGGGAUCAAGAGGUGCAGUGCUCAAAGGUCGCUUUGCCCACCCGGAGUUCUUCACAUGUUGGAAAACCAAAGUUAUUCGGCUCGUUAAGCCAACGAACAGCGAGUUCAGCCACAGAUUUCACUGCAACUUAUUCAAAGAACUCUGAGUACGGCAGCGAGCGGAAAAAUUCGAAUGCUAUUAACGUGCUGCUUAUGAAUGGCACACGAAGUAAUGACUACGAUGAUCCUUGCUGCUGCCCAACCAGGCUUCGUUCUAUGGCUCCGCCUCCAGAGAUUUGCGUAAAAGAGUCUGAUUUGACCGAGUGCAACGAACGGGCAAAUUUUCCAGAAAUAGACAAACCAAACUACAGAGUUUGCCGGUCGUCCAACGAGACUAACGUACUAGUUCUCGAAGAGGGUCCUAUGGAUCGAUGUAGCCCCAAAACAACGGAAGAUUCAGAAACAACAACUGCCGGGACGCAGAAUCAAAAUGAAGGGCAGAUAAAUCCUAACCAGAAUCACAGGGACGAGCAACAGAACGAUUUUGUAACCAAUUGGCUCGACUGCCCGGUCGCGAAUAACUUUACAAAGGUCCUUGAAUUGCAGAGAGUUCGCAUCAAAGAGCUGGAGAAUUUGUUGCAUCAACACAACGUGCUGCAACAAACGAUCCAGCACAAGGUGGCCGAGCUGCAGUGCACAGAUACACCGGUUUCUAAAGGUGACACCAAAAAGUAACACCAUAACUAAAUACACAUCCACACAUAAAUUC